CUAUAUGUUAUACUCGUAGGACUCCUCGCUGAUCCUUGUGAUAAGUGCUUUAGUGGUAGUGAGUGUAGAUGUGAUACGCAUCGUCUUACGUAACACUUUUAUUUUAAUCUGUGGUUUGUUAGUUGUGAAGAUAGAACAAGCUGAUCAGUGACAAUGCAGUCUUCUAUGCUGUGCAUGCUGGUGUUGGUGGCGGCUGUGGCUGCAGCUCCUCAGAGAGAAGGAGCCGCCUUCACGAAGGAAGCUAUUAAACAAGCACAGAACACAUUCCUCAUCCCCAAGGACGCUGAAAUCCAGAAGGUGCAAGAAGGCAUAGAACUAGCAGCCUAUGAGUCAAUACCCGGCAACCAGAGGAUCAACCUGUUCGAAAUCCUUGGCGACCAGGUGCCUUCCGAAGUGAUCAACAACUUACAAGGCCAGAUCGAUAAAGUCGGGCGUAACUAAGCGGCAACUAGGCGGUUGCAGACUCAGUAACCAGCCGUGGAAGGAGGAAACUUGGCAACCGUUACUGAUAUAAUAAUGGACUGGAGAGCAAUAAUUUAUUGGUUGUGCAAGUAGACAGUGAAUGUGAUAUUGUGUAACACCUAUCUUUUUAUACGU